AUGAGUGAAACAGAGUGUUCUUUCCGUCCCUUGAAUUGUGAGUUGAAUUACUUGACAGUUUCCGAUGGCUCAACGAUGUUUAUGCAAGGUGACACUACUGUGAUAGCUGGUGUUUUUGGUCCUGUGGAAGGUAAACAGCAGAAAAUGUUUUACAACAAAGCUAAUGUGGAUGCAACCUUUGGUCCAGUUAAAGGCCCUCCAAGUAUAAAUGACAGAUUAAUGGAAUUGUAUAUUAGGGAUACAUGCGAAGGAUCCAUACUUACUGCAUUGCACCCAGCAUCUACUAUUUCAGUAAAUAUACAGGAAUUACAAGACUCUGGUGGACUGCUGGCAUGUGCUAUCAAUGCUUCAUGCUUAGCUUUGAUCAAUUCUAGUGUGCCAAUGAAAUACACGUUUGCAGCAGUGUGCUGUAUGAUUGACAAAGAGUCGGGUAGUAUAAUCAUAGAUCCAUCCUCAACACAAUUGAAAAAAUCCAAAGCCACAUUCACAUUUGCCUUUGAUAGUCUCAACAAAGAACUCAUCUGCUGUCAAUCAAGUGGAAAAUUUAAAGAGGAAGAAUUGAUAGGAGCUGUAGAAAAGUGUAAAGAGGCAAGUCAGCAUCUAUUUGAUUUUUAUAGAGACAUUGUUAAAAGGUAUGCUACUGCAAUUUAG